AUGACGGUCGAAAAAUCUGAAUCGAAAACCCAAAAAACUGAAGAGUUACCACUGAAGACCGAAAUGAAAAUCGACUUCAAAAAUAUGACGUUUUUAGAGAAAUUUAAGUAUGUUAAAUCUAAUAUUACCGUGGAACCAGUGUUGGCGUUAUUCGUGAUGCCAAGUGUUUUAGCAAUGCUAGCGACGCAAAACUUGAACUUAGAUAAAGCUUGUAGAGUUAAUUUGGAGUUUAGUGACGCGGUCUGCGAAGACCUCAGACUUAGAAAGCGCGCUAACCACACAUUUGAGGAGGAUGAAGUGCAGAAAUUGAUAGCAUCCGUGCAAGGGUGGAAAAGUGUUAUACACACAGCGGUCCCAACCUUGUUAAUGCUUUUUAUAGGAGCGUGGAGCGACAAAACAGGCAGGCGAAAAAUAUGUAUGCUUAUGCCGAUCAUUGGGGAAUUCAUGACGUGUGUUCUGAACAUGAUAAACACAUACUUUUUCUAUCAAGUCCCCGUGGAGUUGACUGUGUUUAUGGAGGUCAUAUUCCCAGCGCUGACCGGUGGAUGGUAUACGAUGUUUCUCGGUGCAUUUAGCUACUUGGGUGAUGUAACUUCGAAGGAAACAAGGACUUUUCGCAUGGGAAUACUUAGUUUGUGCAUGACGGUUGGUUUUCCCGUGGGAAUGGGUUUGAGCGGGAUACUUCUAAGAUACACCGGCUAUUACGGAGUUUUCUCUAUCUCGGCUGUAUUGCAAUUUAUGAAUUUUGUAUACGUUUUCUUAGCUAUUGACGAUCAUAAGUGGCUUCAGAAUAAAGAAAAGGACCUUCGAACAGGUUGCGGAGGAUUUUUGCUGGAGUUUUUUGACUUCAACAGUGUCAAGGACACUUUGAAAAUAGCCUUCAAGAAGGAACCGAAUAAAAGAAGAUUAAGAAUCUGCCUCAUUCUAAUCGUCGUAUGUCUAAGUUUUGGACCGUUAUGGGCUAAUGGCUACUAUGGGUGUGGUGGAAGGAAGUUGUUCCUCCAACUUAAAGGGAUCCCAGACCAGGCCUUCGGUUCGACCAGUAAAUAA